AUGACUGGCGGAUUAACCGUGCCAACAGUUGAACAAAUUCUUGUUCCUGAAACUCUUUUGAAAAAGAAAAAGGCUCAGGAAAAGCUUGCAGCCAAGUCUGUCGUGGAGCUUAAAAAAAAACGCAAGGUUGCAAAGACAGCUCGUCGUACAAUUCUUAAACGUGCAGAACAAUAUUUUAGAGAGUACCAUGCUGCGGAACGAGAUGUAGUCCGUUUACGUCGUCAGGCCAAAGCAUGUGGUGAUUUUUACGUUCCUGCUCAACCAAAAUUGGCGUUUGUUAUUCGUAUUAAAGGAAUAAAUCAUAUUCCUCCCAAACCACGUAAAAUUCUUCAAUUGUUACGUCUUCUUCAAAUUAAUAAUGGAAUAUUUCUUCGAUUGACAAAGGCAACCAAAGAAAUGCUUCAAUUGGUAAAUCCAUAUGUUGCUUAUGGUGAACCUAAUCUAAAAUCUGUGCGUGAACUUAUUUAUAAACGUGGUCAUGCAAAAGUAGAUAGACAGCGUAUUCCCAUAACAGAUAAUUCAAUUAUCCAACAGAGUUUGGGCAAAUUUGGUAUCACUUGCUUCAAACAAGCAAAUAAUUUUCUUUGGCCUUUCAAAUUGUCAAAUCCUAACGGUGGUUGGGCUAAUAGAAAGUUUAGACAUUAUGUUGAAGGAGGAGAUUUUGGUGAUCGUGAAGAUAAAAUCAAUGCAUUAAUUAUCAAUAAAAGCACUAACAAAGAUGAGAAAAUGGAAAAAUUAUUAAAAAAAGCAAAGCUGUUUUUUGAUCAGAAACAAAAACCAAAGACAAGAGCCACUUCAUUAUGGAAUUUUAUUGAUGUUACAAAUGAUUUAGAUCAAGCUCAAUUCUUUCAAGAACAUGCUGAAGAUGUUUUUGAUGUAGUUCUCAAUUUAUAUAGGAGCCAGAUUGAAAAAAUAAAACCUGAAAUGCUUUCUCACAUACUUGAUCAUGGAAAUCACCCACGACUUAGAAUACAAGGAUUUCAACUACUAUUACUUUGGAUGAAUGAUUUGACACAUGAAAUACCUGAAUUUUUACAUCUUUACUCUAAUGCAAUAUCAUUAGAUUUAUUUUUAUAUGAUCAAAUUCGAAAUUUAAAUAGUAGUGAACAUAAUAAUGAUUAUAGACAAGAUGUUUUGAAAAAAAAAAAUAGAUCUUUAAUACUUGAUCAAAGCCUAAUAAAAUCUGAUGAUCGCGUCGCGUUGUUACCAAACCCAUACCCACCAACUUUCACUGAUUCCAUACAUUUGUUACAAGUUGAGUUAAGUGGUUUAGUUAGACUUGCUCAUGUUGCUGCGGGUUCAACACCGCCACCAGAAAAUUAUGAUUUUCCACUUAUUGAGAGUAUCGAGCCUGAUAAUGGCAUAGCUGUAGGAAUGGGUAUCGAUGCAGCAUUAGCAGCAGCAAAGUUUCAUUUUGAGCUUGAAAAAAAGUUAUAUUUAAUUAAAUUAUUCCCACAAUGUGCAAAAAAAAUGGGAUUGUUACCUGAAAAUAAAGAUCUUGGCUUUCAGAAAUGUCCUCCAACAAUAUUACGAGCAUUAAUCACAUUUUUUAUACACCAUUGCCUUGACAAUUACUGUCUUUCUGAAUCCAUUACAUCAUAUCCUUCACCUGCUACUCCAAUACUCAAGUCAAUCGUAUUGGGUCCAGAAAACAGGGAGUUUGCUCAUGAAAUAGUUAAACAAGCACUUAUGCUACCUUCUGGGAGUCCGUUAUACAAGGAUAUUGUAAGAGGUGCCGUUCAUAUAGUUGGUGUUUGGACAUUAAGCGGGGAAGAAGAACGUCCGACUUUUUUACGUAAGUCUGCAACAACCCAUCCACAAUCAACAUCAACGCUUCCUUCAAAUAGUUCAAUAAUCUCAACAGAUAGUCAUAGUGAAUCAUCUUUUGUUCCAGAGACAAAUUUUUUUGAUGCCAAUAUUUAUAUCCGUAGAUACAUUCAAUUAUUAACUUUAUGUUUUCAAACUCAACCAUGUGGAAAUGCUGAGGGAGGCAUGACAAACCUCGAAAUAGAUGCACAGGUUUCGAUUUAUCGUGAUAUUUUAUCUUUAUUUCGUUCUAUGAUUGCGGAAGGUCCUAUCGAACUAGAAACUGAAACAUGGGAAGUUUUACUUGUUUCGUUGCUGGAAAUUCAGCCAAAAUUAAUGAAUCAGAAUAAUAAAUCUGAUUCAUCACAAUCAGCAACAUUAACACUAACAGACGAGCUUAUAGAUUAUUUAAUUGAAAAAAUCAUGUUACGAUUAACUAAAAUAUUAUCAAAAUAUCUUCAUCAAGUUGACCUUGACAUCGUUGAAUUAAAUAAACGCUUAUCAGAACUUUCAACACCUGAACGUCAUUUUCAUCGACGUCGUUCUUCCAGGAAUCGUACACGACAUCUUUCAUUGCGCACUGACCACCGUCACAAAUCAUCUGGUAGUAAUUCAUCUCGUGAAGAUGUUAUCAGUUCUGAACACCUAAGUCCGAAGCCAAAUGUUGACAAUAUCAAGAUCCGUAAACCAUUAAGUUUACACCAAGAUAUGAGCUCAAUGGAACCAAAAAUUCACAGCAGUCAAACACUAUUGAAUAUUAUGAGCAAUGGCGGUGGCAGCGCUUCUUCAAUUCAUUCUGCUGGUGACGAUGCAGCAGAAGUUAAGUCAAACCGCACGUCAUCUUCCUCAGUCUUUGCACAAUCUAAUUUUAGCAAUGAAAGAUUAUCAAUAUCAUUGGCUAACUUCAGGUCUCCAGAAUUUAUAAAUCUUGAAUCAUUGUCAUGGGAUCCCGAAAAUGCUUUGCUUAUUUGGAAAAAUAUGCUUUGUGCCCUUGGUAAUAUAAACCAUAUUCAGAAUGUUCAAAACCAUGCUGAUGCUAUAAAAUGUUUAGUGGAUAUUUUGGAUAUGUUUAUAUUAAUAAAAACUAAUCAAUAUGGAAACGCACCGUCGCCGCUUUUUUAUGAAUUUAUUCCAUGGCUUUUUGAAGCAUGUGAUUUGCCAAUGGCUUUUGCUCCUGGACGAGCUUUUGCUUAUGCUGGUUUAUGCAAGCUGAUGUCUCGUAGGAAAGAUCAAAAAUUUAACGAGGAAUAUUUUCCGCAUUUUUAUCGAACAAUUAUCAAAGGUUUAUCCGAUAAUGAUUAUAAUGUAAUUCUUGCCAUAAUAAAUAAUUCCACUAAACUUUUCUCACAAGAAUUGCCUGGAGCUAAUAUUCUAUAUCAUAGUUUUAUUGAGAUAAUACGAGAUAUCCUUUCAAAAAAAGACAUACAUAUACCAGAAAUCACAAGACAAAAUGCCAUUACCAUUCUUUGUUCACUUAUAUGCAUAAUAAGUCAAGUUUCAUCUGUAAAUGUACCAAUAAUAUCUUAUAAUAAACUUGUACAAUUUAAUAUAAAAGAUUUGAAUGGACCUGAAUUUGACAAUUUAGACGACAUGAGUUUUUCAGAAAUUAGAAUGAUUUUGAAAGAAAUAUUGGUUUCAGAACUUUCCAAAGAAACAAUUCGAAGUUAUGAUACACAUAUUAUGUUGUUGUAUGGAAUUACCACUUUCCUACUUGAUGAAUUUACUGCUCCAUUACUUCCCAACAAGAAUAUCAUUAAAGAAUGUUUUCAUGUAAUACUGGAUCAGUUAUAUUGCAAUCAUUUACAAGUAGUAACAGCCGCUGCAGAUUGUUUAAUGGCCGUUGCUCAAAACUCUUCGUUAUGGCGUGAGGAAAAUGAGGCAAGGUUUAUUAUAGCGAAAUUAUUUUAUUGUCUCCUCGAAUGGAUAAUGAUCAUACCGCCUAAUAUAUUUACUGAUACUGAAUUAUGUUCAUUAGUUCUUGAAGUGAUUGAUAUGGCUUUUGAUACAUAUGGAAUAGAAUCGCCAAAAUUUUUUAAAAAAUUGAUUGUGCCUUCACACAAAAAUAAAAUAAAAAAACCUCAAAAUGACACCCAUAUUAAGUUUAAAAAAGCAGAACGCAGGACAUCAUCAAGUAAUAAUUACAAUAAUGAAGUUAAUUCUCAUGUAAUCGGGGCUGAAAAUAAUGUUGAAGAUGUUAAUUUUGUCAAGGAUGCCGCAGAAUUUGUUUUAUUGCACUUGACGCAUCAUUUUGGUAAUUUUGCUCCAAUCCAUGGUCCAGCAAUGAUGAAUAGUACUUUUAUUGGACCAGUUGGUAACGAUACUAAAGAAGAGGAAGUGACGGAACAUUACCAAUAUUUUUCAUUUAAUGAUACUACCAUAAUUACAUUGAUUGAAAUACCCGGAGAAGAUGUUUCUAUAUCACGUAUUGUUAUAAGAGAUUUUUCUGGUAGAUAUUCCUGGGAUUCCAAGUUAUUUUAUAAGGCAUUUUGUAAUAAUGACUAUAAAUCAGAUCACGAAUCAAAUUGCCUCAAAUACGUUAGGAUGUCAGAUCAUUUAGAAUUUAGACCUAAUAUUAAGAUUGAUGCAUUAGAAUCAAAAAGUAUGAUUGAUAAUAAUUCAAAAGAUAAACCAAAGUUUAUAAAUAAAACAAUAAAUUCUUUCAAAGAAAAGAAUACUUUACCUGUUUAUAAUAAUGAAGAUGAUGUUAAUAUGCUUGACUGUUUAUUACAAUACGUUGGUGAACAAGUUCCACAUUUACCAACAAUAGAAAAAACUAAUGGAGAGUCACAAAAAUUACCAUCAGAAACUGAAAGAAAAAAAAUGAUUAAAAUAGAAGAUCAACUUAAUAGGCAUAUCCAUGAAGAAUCACUAUAUGGAAACGCCACUGAUUCUCAAGCUCGAUUAUGGUAUGAAAAUGUAACAGCAUUAAGAAACAGUAUUUUCCAACAGUACGAAAAUAACAAAAUUAUUAAAAGACUAUCUAGGAAUCCAUUAUACAAAAGAUCUACUUCAUAUCUUAGCCUUGGAGCCGAUUUUUCAUUAUCUAAAUCUUUUCUUCCAGUUUUACCUAAUUAUGCUGAAAAACCAUUGGAGCCAUAUCAACAAUCACGUUUGUUUUUAAGUCAUUUUGGAUGGUUAAGUCCGGAGGCUCUAAAAGAAGGCACCAUUUCUUUAUUAAAUAAAGCGCCUGGAUUAUUUAGAGAUAUGAGGCUGUUGGAUAAAAAACAUCCUCGUGAAGUCAUAAAAGUCGCACUUUUGUAUGUUGGGCCUGGUCAAGAGGAUGAGCAAAGUAUAUUGCGUAAUACGAAAGGUAGCUUAAAUUAUGAUGAUUUUGUAUCUAGUCUUGGUUGGGAAAUUGAUCUUGCAACACAUCCCGGAUAUCUUGGAGGCUUAGAAAGAAAUUCAACAAAUGGAACUACCUCAAUUUAUUAUUGCACAUCAACAAUAGAAUUAAUUUUUCAUGACGUUACAAAAAUGCCAACUGACCCAAAUGAUUUUAAACAGCUUAAAAAGAAAAGACACAUAGGAAAUGAUCAUGUUCAUAUAAUUUUUAAUGAACACAACAGAGAUUAUAGAAAAUCAACUAUAGGUGGAGAUUUUGGUAAUGCGCAAAUUGUUGUCAACCCACUGUCUAACGGACUAUUUAGCGUGGAGAUCAAUCGUGAUCACAAAAUACCUUCUUUUGGGCCACUUCUAAAUGGAAUGGUAAUAUCACAAAAUGUUCUAGGUCCUUUAGUUCGAAUGACUGCUAUUCAAGCAUUUCGUAAUAGUUUACAUCAUACAAAUAGUACAAAUACAACAAUGUACCAACAUCCUUUUACAGAAAGAGCAUUAGAUAUUAGCAUAAUAAUGAAUAAACAUAAGAACACGAAAUGUAAUUCUUAUGAGACAUUCAUGUCAAAAAUUUUUGUCACUGAUGAUUCAUAG